AUGCAGGCUCUGCACGCCACACUUGUGCAGCGUGCCUGUCGUCUAUGGGUAAGGUGGCAAACCAAGUUAUGCAUUUUGGUUAGUUUGACAACCCCACCACCGGGGUGUAGCGAGGAGGUAGAUCGGAAUAACUGUACAAAGUGGCGAAAUAUGGUCAAAGAAUCUCUUGUUGAAUGGGAGGGUAUGACCCAAAGAGUGACAAUCGUAGGAGAGGGCGGUGAUGAUGAAGACAACAAUGGAGAUGAUGAUGAUGAUGAUGUACCAGAAAGCCACCAUGAUGAACAGGGAGAUGAUGAUGCUACUGAAGCCGAUGGCAAUAUCAACCAAGAUGAAGAUAUGCAAGACUUGGAUUGA